AAGGAAUCGCUCUUUAUAUUCUUUUAUCUCUUAUUCCCCCAAAAAAAAAUGUCUCCUCUUGUAGCAUACGGCAGCAGCGAUAUAAGCCAAGUAGAAUAUGAUUUUUCAAGUGACACUGCAACUGUACCAACAAAUGAAAUGUUUGAUAUAAUGAAACUGGCUUCUCGUGGCGAUGAUGUCUUCCAGGCUGAUGGUGACUGUAAAGCACUAGAGGACUAUGUUGCCCAAUUAAUUGGUCAUGAAGCUGCUUUGUUUUGUACGAGUGGAACCAUGUCUAAUCAAAUCGGUCUUCGUUGUCACUUGACACAACCUCCCCAAUCAGUUCUUUGUGACUCUCGUGCCCAUGUUUUUAACUAUGAAUGUGGCGGUAUUGCUUAUCAUUCCCAGGCGAGCGUUACACCAGUUGUAGCCAAAGGCACCUAUUUAACAGCUUCAGAGGUGGAAAAGCACAUUAAUAAAGACUACUUGUGCGGUGCCCCAACAAAAGUUAUAUCCCUCGAAAACACACUAAAUGGCACCAUUAUGCCAAUUGAAGAAAUCCGAGCUAUCCAUGAUGUGGCUCGUGCCAACAACGUCAAAAUGCACCUUGACGGCGCACGGUUAUGGAAUGCGAGCCAAGAGACAGGUGUGCCACUAAGCGAAUAUGGAAAAUACUUUGAUACAAUCUCUGUCUGUCUGUCAAAGGGUGUUGGUGCACCUAUUGGAUCCAUUAUUACAGGCCCUAAAGAGCUUAUCGUACGUGCGCGCCAUCUUCGCAAGUUGAUGGGUGGCGGAUGGCGUCAGGCAGGCAUGCUCGCUCGUGCAGCUCGUUACUGUAUUGACAAUGUAGUGCCAACCAUGCCACAGACACAUGCACUGGCGCGAAAGCUUAGAGAUCAUUUGCAACUACUAGGCAUCAAGAUCCUUUUACCUGUGGAUACUAAUAUGCUCUUCAUUGACACAGCAGAAACAGGUGUCACUAUUCCUGAAUUAGCAGAGGCGUUAAAGGCCAAGAAGAUCAAGAUUCUUGUCAAUCCAGGAACAACGGCUCGCAUUGUACUUCACUAUCAAAUCACUCUUCAAGCUGUUGAAACCUUUAUGCAAGUGGUAUCAGAGCUAGCGUACGCUAAAAAGAAGACUGGGCUCAUAACUCCUCCAGAAAAGGAUGAUCCCGUUGUUGUGGUCGCAAAGGAUUUUGUAAAAAAUACAGCUUAAUUAAACAGAGUAUUACCACUUUUUAUUGUUCCCCGGAAAGUGCAGUCGUGCUCUUCCAAGCAUGAAUAUCGUGAGCUUCAAAAGCUAUCAGUUCUUUUGGACAUAGAUAUCUUGACUGAAUCAGUCCCAUUACUUAAGCUUUUCUUGUUGUCUUUUUUUUU